GAAGUAGACAACGCAGUUGGCCAAUGAAAAUAACACCUGGGUACUGUCGAUUUGAAUUUUUUGUAUUAAACAUAUGAUUUUUCGAAAAAAGAACAAUAAAAAUAGUCUUGCUACCUAAACAGUCUGAAAUUCUGUCAGUCUUGCAACAAAUAGUUCAGGAUAGUAAUUAUGGCCAGUUGCGAUGUGCAAGCCACUCCAUCGGAUGACAAUAUAGAAGAGGAGGAUACAGCCGAAGCCGAAACACAGACCGAAUCAGUCAAUAAAUUUGAAGCCCGUACUAUCAAGAAUGGGACCGUGCCGCAGCCAACGAAAAUUCCGGGACCCGUACGCCUAGAUAACACCGGUAGCUACAUCCACACCAGCACUCGCAAGUACACCAGCCUGAUGAAAUCGCUGCAGACCAAGAGCGAGCACGACGAGAGCUUCAGCAGCACCAGCACCCUGGUGAAUACAGCCGAAGAUUCCGGUAUCCAAAUGGAUUGCUCGACCGUAGAGAACGAUGCAAGUUUGGAAAUUCUGUGUCAACCGAGCAGCUCGACGCCACGUCUGCAGCGCAGCACCGAUACAAUUGUAACCAGUGGAAGUCUCCAGGAACUGGAGGAGGCCGAGCAGCAGACUCUCCGCGUGCUGCAGCGUGCAGUGGCCGAAAUGGAGGCGGAUGUGGCACUACACGCUGAGCUACUUGAGGAACAGAUGAAGCUUGAGCUGGAGAACCAGAAGAAACUGCAAAUAGAGGAGGCCGUCCUAGAGGAGUUUAAGAAAACGCUGUUGCUAGAAACAGUGCAAGAGCAGAAACAGCAGCAGCAGGAGCAGCAGCAGGAGCAGCAGCAGCCGGAUCACAAGCUGGAGCUGGAGCUGGAGCUGCAGGUUGAGCAGCAGACUACGGAACGAUCGGCACAAUCGCAACCGUUAGAUUUGUGUCCAUCCAUCCCAGCCAGGGCAGGUGUCCGUGAGCGCAAGCAUGUGCGAGUGGAGCAACUGCUUGAGGCGGAGCACGACAUUGAAUUGCUGCACAAACUGCUCCAGAUGGACGACGGCGAGCAGGUGCUCCUUGACGACUUGAAUGACGCUCUGGCCCAGCCCAACAACAACAACGACAAGCUUUGUUUGCCCGAACUGAACGCCGGCAAGGACAUGGAGGAUCUGGAGAGAUACGCAACUGAUUCAGCUGCAGCUGAGUUGAACCGAAAACACAUGAGCUUCCUGCACUCGCUGCUGCAUAUUAUCUGUGGAAAAGGCAUCCGCAAACUGAGCUAUCCCAUACUAUUUUGUGGCAUGGCUGUUGGUUUGAUUUAUUACUUUCGUAAGGAUUAGGGCGUAGGAUUGUAGGCGUAACACACAUUUUUAAAAUUCACAAACACAAAUUCAAGAGCUUUGUACUAUAUGCGCGACGAACGCAACAAAAUCGAACUCAAUUUUUGAGUUCUCAAAAUUACAUUUAUUUUAUCAAUAAAAUAAAUCGCCUAUACAGUCACAAAUCCUACGGCGCUACAAAACUCACAAGGCAAAAGUCACUGUUUUCGGAACUGGAUACUAACAAACAACAAAUGUAACUAACUUUAUAUCAACAAACAAUCAAUAAAUAAUCAUGCGUCAUUUUA